AAAUCCAUUCACGACGGGGCACGAACCUCGCAAUCUUGUGGUGAGUGUCGCGGACGUUGCACGUGCUGUCGUGCUGCAAGCUCGGUGGCAUCCACGACCCGACCCAGGACUCACGCCAGUACAUCACGGACUGACUUCACUCAACACACACUCACUUGAUUGGAGACGGGUCGGCAGUAUGGGCACGCUGAUAAAGAACAUCACACACUACUACCACUACGUCAACGAUGAACUCGCCGACCCCCGCACGAACAGCUACCCGUUGGUAUCCAACCCGCUGCCAAUCCUGGUCAUCAUGUACGUGUACCACCGGUUCGUGCGAUCGUGGGGCCCCGCCUUCAUGGCAGACAGACCCGCCUUCGAGAUCAAGAAGCUUAUCAUCGUCUACAACGUCGUGCAGAUAUUCCUGUCCGGUUAUCUCGCUGCGCAGUGCCUGACGAGACUGUACAUCCCAGGCUACUACAGCAUCUGGUGCCAGAAGAUCAUCUACGAGGACUCGGAGCUGGAGCAGGUGGUCACCAGCAGGGUGUGGCUCUACUACGUCAUCAAGAUCGUGGACCUGCUCGACACGGUAUUCUUCAUUCUUCGGAAGAAGUUCUCGCAUGUAUCGUUCCUUCAUGUCUACCAUCAUCUCGGGAUGUGUCUGCUCGGCUUCAUCGGCACCAAAUAUGUACCAGGCGGCCACGGCGUGAUGCUGGGCUGCAUCAACUCGUUGGUGCACGCGGUGAUGUACACUUACUACCUGGUGUCACUCGUGCGCAAGGACUGGGUCCGCGUCUGGUGGAAGAAAUACAUCACGCAACUGCAGAUUUUGCAGUUCGUGCUUCUAAUUCUGCACUUUGGGCAUGUGAUCUUCGAGCCGUCCUGCGAGUACCCCAAGUGGGUCUCCUUCGUCUUCCUGCCGCACAACAUCUUUAUACUAUUCCUCUUCUCAGACUUCUACAUCAAGGAAUACAUCUACAAAACAAAAAAAGAAAAAAAGCAUGACAAUUAGUAUUCAUAGUUAUUUUGUUUUAAGCU